CACGCACGCACGCACGCACGCACGCGCACACACACUAAAGCUGUUAGUAACUGUUAACUCACCGUUCACUUAAGUCUUAAGACCAUGUCGGGUACCCACUUAGUACUAGGCAGUGUCUUUAUGACUGGGAUGGAAACCUAAGUAAGAUGCCUCUCAACAAAUUCUUAAUUUGAUAUAGGAAAGUAAACAGGUAAGUGAACAGUGGUAACACUGAAUAUGUAUCAUACAAAGAUCUCCAACAAGGAAGGGGCUGUAGUGUUGUUUGCUUUCCCAUGCAAGUUUGGAAACUCGUUGAAGAGAGCUGUUACUGCAUUUUAAUGACAGUUACUAUAAAAAGACACCCAUUCAUCUUACAAACAUGUUUGAAUGCUUGUAAUCAUUGUGUAAUGAUGGUUUUAAAGCUCUUGAGUUCUGAGCAAGCCACUGAGUUGGGGGAUCUUUGACUUUUCUCCUCAUUUCAACUUGUUGUCCAAAUCCUGUACUACCAUCAACUUCUUUUUUAAGGUAGUAGAAUGAUGAUUGAUAAUCCUGAAAUUCUACACAGAGACCUGCUGAGUGUUAAAAGUUGAGAAAAGUCACAAUAAUAAAACAUCAUUGUGAUCAUGGUGAGAGAAAGUGUAAGCCGGCUUGGCAUAUAUCUCAGAUAUUUGGAACCUAAAAGUAUACAUUAACAUGAGUGUUUCUUGUAAUGUCAUUACAAAAAUUAUGAUGAAUGACAGGUCAAAGACAUUCGGAAUGAAACGGAUUCUGUUGAUUAUAUAAUUGAUAUAUUUUCAGGUAUUACCUAUUUAUAGUUUAUCUCAGAAGAAAAUGUUUAUAACCAAAUACCAUGGGUUAAAUGAAACAAUAGAUAUUAAAGUUGUUGCUGUCUUUGGAAAUGAUGUGUUGUACAAACCCAAGGCGAUCUAAUAUAAUGUAAACUUAUCUCUCUUGGAGAAUGCCCAAGUAGAGAGGAGAAAAGGCAAGUCCAAUAAAUGGGACAUGUAUAUUUUAGAUAGUGAUUAGCCCAACAACUGCUGACAGUUGCCUUGAUGUUGUAUAAUGAGCAUUUUCUGUGUGCAUGCUGGCUCAAUCUCAGAACUGUAUUCUCGAGUGUGUCAUAGUGGAAAGAGCACUGGAUCACGAGUCAGGAGAACUAAUGGCUAGCCCAGCUCUACCACUACCCUCCCGUGUGCCUCAUUUUCCCUUCUUUAAAAUGAAGUGGUUAUGGGGAAAGGGCUCUAAGAAUCUCCGUGUUCUGCUACUUUUUUAUUCUGUGGUUCUUCGUCCCACACCUGUCAAAAGCAUUUUGACUUUCUUUAAGUUGCUUAAGUCAGCGUUUCAGUUAGAUCCAUCCAGGAGCUUAUUCCCACUGGCUGUUGGGAACAGCAAAGCCUUGCUUCUCCGGGACUUCAUAUGUCUUCUGCUAACUGCUGACAGUGAGCCAUGCCACCUAAGAGGCUCCUUGGGUAGCCUUAAAGAUUGAAAGGACAAACGGACAGUGUUGAGAACUCUGUGGAAGAGGAGACCAGAGAGACGUUGAUCAUCAUGGCUCCUUGGGAUUUGCAAAGAGGAAUGACUAGAGCUGGGCCAUUCACUACAGCCAGGUCAAAGGUCAGGUCAGGAAUGUGGACAAUGCUGGUGACUCCAGUUGCUUCCAAGAUCCGGUACUUGCAGGAAUACCAUAACCGAGUUCUCCACAACAUUUACCCCGUACCAUCAGGAACAGAUAUCGCAAACACCCUGAAGUACUUUUCCCAAACCUUGUUAAGCAUUUUGUCCCGCACAGGGAAGAAGGAAAACCAAGAUGCCUCCAAUUUGACAGUGCCCAUGACCAUGUGUCUUUUUCCUGUGCCAUUCCCACUCACCCCAUCUCUAAGACCGCAGGUCAGUUCCAUCAACCCUACUGUUACUCGCUCCCUCCUUUACAGCGUCCUGCGAGAUGCUCCUUCAGAACGCGGCCCGCAAAGUCGUGAUGCUCAGUUGUCAGACUACCCUUCUUUGGACUACCAAGGCCUCUACGUGACUUUGGUGACUCUUCUGGAUCUAGUUCCUUUACUACAGCAUGGCCAACACGAUCUUGGACAGUCAAUAUUUUAUACAACCACGUGUUUGCUACCCUUUCUCAGCGACGAUGUUCUGAGCACUUUGCCCUACACGAUGAUCUCAACGCUAGCUACCUUUCCUCCAUUUCUUCACAAGGAUAUUAUUGAAUACCUUAGCACAUCUUUUCUACCAAUGGCCAUAUUGGGCUCCUCCAGGAGAGAAAGCGUCCCGGCCCAUGUGAACCUCUCUGCAUCUGCCAUGCUGAUGAUUGCAAUGCAGUACACAUCUAAUCCAGUGUAUCAUUGUCAAUUAUUGGAAUGCCUCAUGAAAUAUAAACAAGAAGUCUGGAAAGACCUUUUGUAUGUGAUUGCAUAUGGGCCUUCACAGGUGAAACCCCCCGCGGUGCAGAUGCUUUUCCACUACUGGCCCAACCUGAAGCCUCCUGGGGCAAUAAGCGAGUACAGGGGGCUGCAGUACACAGCUUGGAAUCCCAUCCACUGCCAACACAUCGAAUGCCACAAUGCAAUUAACAAGCCGGCUGUGAAGAUGUGUAUAGACCCUUCCCUGUCAGUAGCUUUGGGUGAUAAGCCGCCUCCACUGUAUCUCUGUGAAGAAUGCAGCGAGAGGAUUGCAGGGGACCACAGUGAGUGGUUGAUUGAUGUUCUCCUGCCACAAGCUGAAAUAUCUGCUAUAUGUCAGAAAAAGAACUGCAGCUCCCAUGUCAGAAGGGCAGUCGUCACCUGCUUUUCCGCAGGGUGCUGCGGUCGUCACGGAAACAGGCCUGUUCGGUACUGCAAAAGAUGCCACUCCAACCACCACAGUAAUGAGGUGGGGGCCACCUCAGAGACGCACCUCUACCAGACCUCCCCACCCCCCAUCAACACACGGGAGUGCGGGGCGGAGGAGCUGGUCUGUGCAGUGGAGGCCGUGAUCAGUUUGUUGAAAGAGGCAGAGUUCCACGCAGAGCAGAGGGAACACGAGUUGAACCGCCGGCGGCAGUUGGGCCUGUCCUCCUCCCAUCACUCCCUGGACAACGCUGACUUUGAUAACAAGGACGACGAUAAGCAUGACCAGAGGCUGCUUAGUCAAUUCGGAAUAUGGUUCCUAGUGAGCCUCUGCACCCCCAGUGAGAAUACGCCCACGGAGAGCCUGGCCCGGCUGGUGGCCAUGGUAUUUCAGUGGUUUCAUUCCACGGCGUACAUGAUGGAUGAUGAAGUUGGAAGCUUAGUGGAAAAACUAAAGCCUCAGUUUGUUACCAAGUGGUUGAAGACAGUAUGUGAUGUCCGCUUUGAUGUCAUGGUCAUGUGCCUUCUUCCCAAACCCAUGGAAUUUGCCAGGGUUGGCGGAUACUGGGAUAAGUCUUGCAGUACAGUGACUCAGUUAAAGGAAGGUCUCAACAGGAUUCUCUGCCUGAUCCCUUACAACGUGAUCAGCCAGUCUGUGUGGGAGUGCAUCAUGCCAGAAUGGCUGGAAGCCAUCCGAACAGAAGUCCCUGAUACCCAGUUAAAGGAAUUCAGGGAAGUAUUAAGCAAAAUGUUUGACAUAGAGCUGUGUCCUCUGCCGUUUUCAAUGGAAGAGAUGUUUGGCUUUAUUAGCUGCCGGUUUACGGGUUACCCUUCCACAGUGCAGGAGCAAGCACUACUCUGGCUUCAUGUACUAUCGGAGUUAGAUAUCACGGUUCCACUUCAGCUCUUGAUAAGUAUGUUUUCUGAUGGUGUUAAUUCUGUCAAAGAAUUGGCAAAUCAAAGAAAAUCAAGAACCAAUGAGCUGUCAGGGAACACCGCAGCACGAAGGGUGAGUGUCGCCUCUGAUCCUGGUCGACGAGGUCAGCACAAUGUGUUGAGUCCGUUUCAUAGCCCUUUCCAGAGUCCGUUCCGGAGUCCCAUGCGUAGUCCAUUUCGUAGCCCUUUCAAGAAUUUUGGACACCCAGGAGGAAGGACUAUUGAUUUUGACUGUGAAGAUGAUGACAUGAAUCUAAAUUGUUUCAUCCUCAUGUUUGAUCUUCUCCUAAAGCAGAUGGAGUUACAAGAUGAUGGCAUCACGAUGGGCUUAGAGCACAGUUUGUCAAAGGACAUCAUUUCUAUCAUCAACAAUGUCUUCCAGGCCCCCUGGGGGGGCUCCCACAGCUGCCAGAAGGACAAAAAGGCAAAGGAAUGUAACUUAUGCCAGUCUAGCAUCCUCUGCUACCAGCUUGCUUGCGAACUCCUGGAGAGACUAGCCCCCAAAGACGAAAGCCGCCUGGUGGAGCCCACAGACAGCCUUGAAGAUAGCCUCCUUUCUUCCAGACCAGAGUUCAUUAUAGGGCCUGAGGGAGAAGAGGAGGAGAACCCAACAGCCAAGCAUGGAGAGAAUCCAGGUACCCGUACAGCGCCCUCAGAACAUGCUGCAAUAAAGAAUGAUACGGAAAGAAAAUUUUGCUACCAACAGCUUCCAGUAACGUUGAGACUAAUAUAUACCAUUUUCCAGGAAAUGGCUAAGUUUGAAGAGCCAGACAUUCUUUUUAAUAUGCUCAAUUGCCUAAAGAUUCUCUGUCUGCACGGAGAGUGUUUAUACACUGCGAGGAAAGACCAUCCUCAAUUUUUAGCCUACAUUCAGGACCACAUGUUGAUCGCAAGCCUGUGGAGAGUUGUCAAGUCCGAGUUCUCUCAGUUGUCUUCACUGGCGGUCCCUCUCCUUCUUCAUGCUCUGUCACUUCCUCAUGGUGCUGACAUAUUCUGGACAAUCAUAAAUGGCAACUUCAACAGCAAAGACUGGAAGAUGAGGUUUGAAGCAGUGGAAAAAGUAGCUGUCAUUUGUAGGUUUUUGGAUAUUCACUCAGUGACCAAAAACCACUUGCUCAAGUACUCGCUGGCACAUGCCUUCUGCUGCUUCCUGACAGCUGUGGAGGAUGUCAACCCCGCAGUGGCCACCAGGGCGGGUCUCCUGCUUGAUACCAUAAAGAGGCCCGCACUGCAGGGCCUUUGUCUCUGCCUUGACUUCCAGUUUGACACUGUGGUUAAAGACCGCCCCACCAUCUUGAGCAAACUUUUACUCUUGCAUUUCCUUAAGCAAGAUAUCCCCGCUUUAAGCUGGGAGUUCUUUGUCAACAGAUUCGAGACACUUUCUUUAGAAGCUCAGCUACAUUUGGAUUGUAACAAAGAGUUUCCUUUUCCUACAACCAUCACCGCUGUGAGAACCAAUGUUGCCAACCUCAGCGAUGCUGCGUUGUGGAAGAUCAAGAGGGCACGCUUUGCAAGAAACCGCCAGAAGAGUGUGCGGUCUCUGAGGGACAGUGUGAAGGGGCCCGCAGAAUCCAAAAGGGCACUCUCCCUCCCUGAGACCCUGACCUCCAAAAUCCCUGUGAGGUUGACCAGGCAUGAGCAGUCUGCUCCAGCUCUCGGUGGGACACCUGAACAGACACCAGGACAACAGUCUCCUGAGAACGACAACACUAUCAAGGACUUGCUUCCGGAAGAUGCUGGCAUUGACCACCAGACGGUUCACCAGCUGAUUACAGUGCUCAUGAAGUUCAUGGCCAAGGAUGAGAGCAGUGCCGAGUCAGACAUCAGCAGCGCAAAGGCCUUCAACACGGUCAAGAGGCACCUCUAUGUCUUACUUGGCUAUGACCAACAGGAAGGCUGCUUCAUGAUAGCACCCCAAAAAAUGCGCCUGUCAACAUGCUUUAAUGCAUUUAUUGCAGGAAUUGCCCAAGUUAUGGACUAUAACAUUAACUUGGGCAAACACCUUCUCCCCCUCGUGGUCCAGGUGCUCAAAUACUGCUCUUGUCCUCAACUACGGCAUUAUUUCCAACAGCCACCUCGCUGCUCCCUCUGGUCCUUAAAGCCUCACAUCAGGCAGAUGUGGUUGAAGGCCUUGCUCGUCAUCCUUUACAAGUAUCCAUACCGAGACUGUGAUGUCAGCAAGAUCCUGCUGCACCUGAUUCACAUAACAGUCAAUACACUCAAUGCGCAGUACCAUAGCUGCAAGCCCCAUGCCACGGCAGGACCUUUGUACAGUGACAACAGCAACAUAAGCAGAUACAGCGAGAAAGAAAAAGAAGAAGAUAGUGUUUUUGAUGAAUCUGAUAUUCAUGAUACACCUACUGGACCCUGCAAUAAAGAGUCUCAAACUUUUUUUGCAAGAUUGAAAAGGAUAGGCGGCAGCAAAAUGGUGAAAUACCAGCCGGUUGAAAUGAAUGUUCAGAGAAGUGAAAUAGAACUGGCCGAAUAUAGAGAAACGGGUGCGUUACAAGACAGCGUUCUACACUGUGUGAGAGAAGAGAACAUUCAGAAAAAAAAGCUACGCUCUUUAAAACAAAAAUCUCUUGAUAUAGGGAAUGCAGACUCCCUCUUGUUUACAUUAGAUGAGCAUCGUAGGAAGUCCUGCAUAGAUCGGUGUGACAUAGAUAAGCCUCCCGCCCAAGCUGCUCAUAUCUCACAACGGCAAAAUGACCACCAUGGACGCUCUAGACAGAAUUCUGCCACGAGGCCGGACAAUGCUGAAAUCCCCAAGAAUCCAGCGACUGAAGGUUUUCAAGAAACUCGAAGACCCGUGAUACCAGAAGUUAGGCUGAACUGCAUGGAGACAUUCGAAGUGAGAGUUGACUCCCCAGGAAAGCCUGCUCCUAAAGAGGAUUUAGAUCUCAUAGAUUUGUCCUCAGACUCAACGUCUGGACCAGAGAAACACUCCAUACUCUCAGCAUCUGACAGUGACUCUCUUGUAUUCGAACCUCUCCCGCCUCUCAGAAUAGUAGAAAGCGAUGAAGAAGAUGAGAUGAUGAACCAAGGGAAUGAUGGUCCUUUGGGUAAAAAUGCUGCCUCCUCCUCCUCCAUCCCCAGCCAGCCCUCUGUCCUCAGCCUGAGCACGACUCCUCUUGUGCAGGUGAGUGUGGAGGACUGUUCCAAAGACUUUUCUUCUAAGGACUCAGGAAAUCAUCAGUCAGCGAGCAAUGACGACUCCACCAUCACAGCUCUAGAUGACCUCACUGACUCUGAAGAGCUGUCCAAGUCAGAGGAGCCCAGAGAGUUUGCCUCAGGCAGCCCACUGACACUUAAACAAAAACGAGACCAUCUCCAGAAGUCGUCAGCUGUCCCUGAGAUGUCAGUGGACUAUAGCCCUGACCUCAGCCCAGCUGAGGAAAAGGCGGGACAGACACCAACAUCGGGGGCCAAAACGGUGCUCCUCAAACUUCCAGAAGAUGCCGAGAAUCCAACAGAAGGAGAGAAGCCCGAUGCCAGUGCUGAGUCCGAUACAGAACAGAACCCCGAAAGGAAGGUGGAGGAGGACGGGGCCGAGGAAUCAGAGUUUAAGAUUCAGAUCGUCCCCAGGCAGAGGAAACAAAGGAAGAUUGCUGUCAGUGCUAUCCAGAGAGAGUACCUCGACAUCUCCUUCAACAUUCUAGACAAACUGGGUGACCAGAAGGACCCAGAUCCAUCUGCUAAAGGACUUUCAACACUGGAAAUGCCACGGGAAUCUUCAUCUGCCCCUACAUUAGAAGCAGGUGCACCUGAAACAGGCAGCCACUCAUCAAUAUCAACUCAGUAUAGGCAGAUGAAAAGGGGAUCCCUGGGAGUUCUGACAAUGAGCCAGUUAAUGAAGCGACAGCUGGAGCAUCAGUCUAGCGCCCCCCAUAACAUCAGCAACUGGGACACUGAACAGGUACAGCCCGGGAAACGCCAGUGCAAUGUGCCAAUGUGCCUAAACCCCGACGUAGAGGGACAGCCGCUGAGAACAAGAGGCGCCACUAAAUCCAGCCUGCUGUCAGCCCCCAGCAUAGCCAGUAUGUUUGUGCCUGCACCUGAAGAAUUCACGGAAGAGCAGCCAACGGUGAUGACGGACAAAUGCCAUGACUGUGGGGCCAUUCUCGAAGAAUACGAUGAAGAAACCCUGGGGCUGGCCAUUGUGGUCCUCUCCACAUUCAUUCAUCUAAGCCCAGACUUGGCGGCCCCACUGUUGCUUGAUAUCAUGCAGUCUGUGGGAAGGCUCGCAUCCAGCACUACCUUUUCCAAUCAAGCAGAAAGCAUGAUGGUCCCAGGCAACGCGGCGGGUGUGGCCAAGCAAUUCCUCCGCUGCAUCUUCCAUCAGCUGGCCCCCAAUGGCAUCUUCCCCCAGCUGUUCCAGAGCGCCAUCAAAGACGGAACUUUUUUACGGACCUUAGCCACAUCUCUCAUGGACUUCAAUGAGCUGAGUUCAAUUGCUGCCCUCAGUCAGCUCUUGGAGGGUCUAAAUAACAAAAAGAAUUUGCCAGCAGGGGGCGCUAUGAUACGCUGUUUGGAAAACAUCGCCACGUUCAUGGAAGCUCUGCCCAUGGAUUCUCCUAGUAGCCUCUGGGCCACGAUCAGCAACCAGUUUCAGACAUUUUUUGCCAAGCUGCCUUGUGUUUUACCUUUGAAGUGUUCUUUAGAUUCCAGUUUGAGAAUUAUGAUCUGCCUCUUGAAGAUACCUUCUACCAAUGCCACGAGGAGUUUGUUGGAACCAUUUUCCAAGCUACUCAGCUUUGUCAUUCAGAAUGCUGUCUUCACUCUGGCUUACCUGGUGGAGUUGUGUGGCUUAUGCUACCGAGCGUUCACUAAGGAACGGGAUAAAUUCUACUUGUCUCGUAGUGUUGUUCUGGAACUUCUCCAGGCCCUGAAGCUCAAGUCUCCUUUGCCAGACACGAACCUCCUGCUUCUUGUCCAGUUUAUUUGUGCGGAUGCUGGGACCAAACUAGCUGAGUCCACCAUCCUGAGCAAGCAGAUGAUAGCCUCCGUGCCUGGGUGUGGGACGGCAGCGAUGGAGUGCAUUCGGCAGUACGUCAGUGAAGUCCUGGACUUCAUGGCAGACAUGCACACCCUAACCAAGCUCAAGAGUCACAUGAAGACGUGCUCCCAGCCUCUGCACGAGGACACCUUCGGUGGCCAUCUCAAAGUUGGAUUGGCUCAGAUUGCAGCUAUGGAAAUCUCCCGGGGCAACCACAGAGAUAACAAAGCUGUGGUCCGCUAUCUGCCUUGGCUCUACCAUCCUCCCUCUGCGAUGCAGCAAGGACCUAAGGAAUUCAUCGAGUGUGUCUCCCACAUCCGGCUGCUGUCCUGGCUGCUCCUGGGGUCCCUCACACACAAUGCGGUCUGUCCUAAUGCCUCCUCCCCCUGCCUUCCCAUACCUCUGGAUGCAGGUUCGCACAUUGCAGACCACCUUAUUGUUAUCCUAAUUGGAUUUCCAGAGCAAUCAAAGACCUGUGUGCUGCACAUGUGCUCCCUGUUCCACGCUUUCAUCUUUGCUCAGCUCUGGACCGUGUACUGCGAACAAAGCGCCGUGGCGACAAACGUGCAAAAUCAGAACGAAUUCAGCUUCACAGCAAUACUAACAGCUCUGGAGUUUUGGAGUAGGGUGACACCCAGCAUCCUUCAGCUGAUGGCCCACAACAAAGUGAUGGUAGAAAUGGUGUGUCUCCAUGUGAUUAGUUUAAUGGAGGCAUUGCAAGAAUGCAAUUCAACCAUUUUUGUCAAGCUCAUCCCUAUGUGGUUGCCAAUGAUCCAGUCAAAUACAAAGCACUUAUCUGCCGGCCUCCAGCUCCGUCUCCAGGCCAUUCAGAACCAUGUGAACCACCACAGCCUAAGGACGCUGCCCGGCUCGGGCCAGAGCAGUGCUAGCCUGGCUGCCCUCCGCAAAUGGCUGCAAUGCACCCAGUUCAAAAUGGCCCAGGUGGAGAUCCAGUCCUCUGAAGCAGCCUCUCAAUUUUAUCCUCUAUGAGUGGACUCCUCGGCUCCAGUGUCAACACUCUGGCUUAGCAAUAAUGGGUAUAAAAACAAACACUUUGAUCCAAGCAGGUUGGGGAACAUUGGUACUGUACAUUCUCUUUCUAGUUUAGUAUAAAGACGUGCAGAGGCCGGAGAGGGCCACAAACGAAGCUUUCUUGCUACACAUAUUUCUGAUGACUCCUUGGGCUAUCUGAUUAAGUGUUUCCUUACAUUAUUUUUUAAAAAAAACCAAAUCAUUUUUCUUUAUCUAACUUCUAUUUUUUUUAAGAAAAAAUAAAAAAAAAACCAGACUGGUGGGUACUCACAGAGACGUUGUAUAAAGUCCCCCUGUUGCUAUUUUUGAUGAUAGAGAAUAAAUAGGGUUUUUGAAACCUUUGUAGUGUUUUUUCUUAAAACUCUACUCUUGGCAAUGCAAUAAAACAAAACAAAAACAAACAAAAGUCACCCGAAUCCAGUGACCUGACUGAAACUUUUUUUGUGAUUAUCCUUGGAAAAGAGGCAGCUUGCAAAGCAACAUUACAAAGUGCACUUAGAAAUUAGAUGGUUAAACUGUGCCGAUGUUUUUUAAUAUACUUUCCAAAACUGUCUGGUAAGUCAUGUUGUUGCUGUUAUUAUUACUAUUUGUUUUGAGACAGGGUUUUUCUGUGUAGCCCUAGCUGUCCUGGAACUUGUUCUGUUGACCAGGCUGGCCUUGAACUCACAGAGACGCUGGGAUUUAAAGGCAUGCGCCACCAUGCCCGGCUAAGUCUUAUUGUUUUUAAAGCUAAUUUUUCAACUCAUUAGUUCCUGGAUGUGCUUUCCUAUAACUUUUUUAGAUUUGUGAGUAAUGGAUUUUAUGCUUUUGUUACCACUUGGGUAGGACUCCAUUCAAAACUGUAGAUUGCAUGGUGGACAGAGGCGCUCCUGCACUGGCAGAACACCAUCCCUGAAAUUGCUUUUCAUAAAAACAGACUUUUAACCGUGUAAGAGCACCCAGGUUUAUGUACACUCAUCCCUUAGCAGUUGGCUACAUUCCCAGAGCAGCGCCUCUUCUCUGCCCUGUAAUGCUCUGACUGAGAGAAGACGUAGCAGACAUUUAAGGUGUAUGCCGACAGAUUAUUAAAUGCAUUUGUAUUAUCUCUGUGAUCCUGGGGUUUCUUAAAGUCACUUCCCAGAGCUAACGUUUAGAUUCUGGCAACCACCUCUUCAGGACUUUUUCUAGAUGCUCACCUCCUCUAAGUUUGCAAUUACUCGGAGACAAGGGCUUCCCUCCUUAUCUGCCCCACUUUCUUUCAAGGACUUGGAAAGCACAAGGUAACAUCGCCUUGCUCAGCAGGAGCCUCCUCUUGUCUUCUGGGAAGUCCGAUGCGCUUCUCAGGGGACAAUGAGUCCUCAGGUGCGCUAGUGCUCCAAGGAGGACCACGGGAGUUGGUACUUCUGAGAACCUGCAGGGAGCCUACUGUGGCAAGAGCCCCAAAGUGAUGCUUUUGCAUCUUACUGACAGAUUCUUACAAAUGGUCCUCUUGAGCAGUCUGAAGCCUCCUCUGCCCCAGUCAUGCUUGACUGCGUUUCUGUGAAUAUUCUGUAUUACAGUAAGUUGUGCACAUAUUUAUUUCAUGUGUAAAUGGUGACAGGCUUGGGGGCAUGUAUCAUUCCAGUCCCCAGAGUUUGGUAUAUAGUAUGUGUUUAAUAAUAUCUGUUGAAUUGAAUGCAUUUUUUUUUCUAUCUAGUGGCCUCAGCCAGGACUUUAAUUGUUGAAUUGUCACACUCUGCUUCCAUUCAAAGAUUACUAGAAUGGGUUACCAGCUGGAGGAGGAAGUGCUAACUGCUUUCAGCAAAAUGACUCCCCCAUCCAAACUCAGCUAUAGCCCCAGGCAACUUGGAUCUUAGUGGCCACAUCCUUCCCUUAGACAAUGUCAGUUUAUUCCCCAACUUGUCUUUUCCCGGUUCUUUGAACAGGCUUCUGCCCCUACUUACCUUUGUGUAUGUAUCCUCAGUGAGGGUUGGCAUUGAACCCUUCAACCUCAGUGUCUGGACCCCGUGGUCUUUUUUUUUUUUUAGAUUUAUUUAUUUAUUACAUAUACACCAGAUUGAAUUGUAGAUGGUUGUGAGCCACCAUGUGGUUGCUGGGAAUUGAACUCAAGACCUCUGGAAGAGCAGUCAGUGCUCUUAACCUCUGAGCCGUCUCUCCAGCCCCUGGACCCCAUGGUCUUAAUCUCAGUUGCCAUCUAUCAGUAUGCUCCCAUACAUUUUUCUCCUCACCCUUGCAGACUGUGACCAUUUUUAUUGCCAACUUGACACAACUCUGUACCUGUGGUCAGUAUUCUACCACUUCACUGGUUGAUAGAGAUCAUAAGUUACCCAGCCUACACUAUCCACAGAUGCCAGUAUCCUCUCUGGCCACCUUACGUCAGCCCUCCAGCAACUGAGCUUGGGUACUUAAGCACUAGGAGGAAAUGGAGGCAUUUUACCAGAAUUGCCCAUGGAGGAAAAGCUGUUCAUGUAGGCCAAGGACCAAGAAACUAAAAUCACAGUCUAGCUGCCAUCCACAGGCCAGAUGCUGCCCACAGGCAAGAUGCAAAAUGUAGUUCAUAUGCUAGCUACUGUCUACAGGCUAGCUACUGUCUACAGGCUACUAUCCAUGGGCUAGAUACCGUCCACAGGCCAUAUGCUGUCCAUGGCCUGUUCCAGUGUGAUUGGACAAACCACAGCUACCGCUCUCAUGUGGAGUGUGGCUGUUCAUUUGUUGCAGCUGCAGAGCUGAGUAGCAAUGGAUACUGUAGGCCAGAAAGCUCCUUAGUGCAGUCACCACGUGGCCUUCAGAAUGUAUGCUAACCCUUGUCCCUGGCAAAGGCCACUAGAGAACACUGAGCUGGAACCACACUACCUCAGGAGGCUUGGAAUUUCAUUAUUAGUGUUUCCUCAUCUGUUAAAUGGGGUCAGUGACACAUUCUACCUCAUAGAGUUCUUACUGCAAAAAAAAAAUGAUAAAAGGAUGCAAAUUUUAAUGAAGAUUAGGGCACUCAGGAAAUUAUUGCUAAAGUUUAGAGAGGUAAAGAUGCUCGCCCAAGGUCACAUUGCUUGCAAGGGCAGCAUCAAGCUUGGUCCCCAGGCUGUCUAACCCAACCAACCAACCAUCUCCCAUGUUAAUUUAAGCUACAUUGUACCCCACACCAAUGCCAGAUGACAAUUGUGAAAGCAGGGGCAAAAUGCCACAUGACCCAGGUGGCUUGGAGAAGGUCAGGGCGUCACUCAGUUUUUAUUCCCUUGGAGAAGGCUACUGAUUUCUGGGUCAUUAGAUCAUUCUGAGAUUCCCGAGAGUGUCACAGGCCCAAUUCUUCCUGUACAGAGAUUUUGUUCUCAAUGAUUUGUCACAGUAGGCAUGUCUCUUACUACUUGGUUGACCUUGGACAAAUUAUUGUGUCUGGACCUCUGUUUUCGCUUUCUGUAAAAUGGGUAUUUCUACCAAUCAUGGGGUAAUGGAAAGACCCAGUGGGCAGAGGACGUUGAUGCUGCUGGGAGACCAUGGGAAUCCACAGACGCCUGGAGGACUGCAGCUACCGUCAGAGAGAGACAGAAGAGGGCAGCUUGUUUGGUUUUCCCUUAACCAGUGCAUCUGAGUCAAGACCCACAAGACCAUUGGAGCCCAAAUGUGGUCAUUAGUCAACAGUUCCCGGACUCCACUGAGACGUUUUUGGCCAUCUCUGCCCUAAGAGCCUCCUCUAAGGCCAAGUGGUUACAACAGCUUCAUCUCCAUUGCCAAGUGACCACAGGACAAAGAAGCCUGGGUCAGGUCAGAGAAGAUGGGUUGACUGCCAAGACUCUGAUAAGCUGUGGUUGGAGGGCCUCUGCACUCAUUGGACACUGCAGACACUGUACUAUACUUCUCUAAUAGAAUCAACUUGCUAAUAUGUGUAUUGGGCAAAUGACCUGUUUUGAAAAUAAUGGUUCUUGUGCAGAGUGUAGUGGGUGGAAUUCAUUGCACAGUGUAAAACCAGGGUGUUAACACCCAUGACCAAUGAUGUCUAGGAUGUUAAGAGAAGUUGGCCAGUGCCUCCCAUAGCUAGGGGCCAACAGUGAGUCUAUAGGAAGGACCUUCAAGGGAAGCCAUGGCAACCACUGUCUAUUUUGUGUCUACAAGGUCCCAAGUUCCUUCUAGACCAUGCCCUGACUCUCCUGCCUGAGACAGGUGUUGGGAGUCUUCCCAUUGUUGCAGUUGGAAUACUGGAGGCCCCUGAGUUAAGUGUCUGUCCUGGGCCAUGCAGUUGGCAGUGUCUUGCUGAAAGCUGUAAGCUCCCAAGUCAGAGUGCCACUAGAAAUCGCUUGUUUUCUUCUUGGCUGAGCUGUGUCAGAGCAUGGGCUAGAGAAGUCUGGGAACGUUCCUGAGGUAUUGCUGUUCAUUGCUUGUCCUCUGUUUUGUACAAAAAAGAAAAAAGAAAAAAAGAGCCACCUCAUAUGACAAAGGUAUUUUCCCUCUAUCUUUCGGAAUUGAUUUCUGUGGAAAAAUUAUAUAUCACAGCUUGAAUCUCAUUUAGUUUCCCAAUUAUUAUAGUAUUUUUUAUAUUUAAAAGAAGAAUGAAUUUGUCUACAGGGGAGGUCGAGGUAGGAGAGUCACAAGGGUAACUUAAACCCUGUCUCUAAAUAAAAAUAAAAAAGGACUUAGGGUGUAGGUCAAUGGCCGAAUGUCUGCCUACUGUGUGCAAGGUCUUGGGUUCAGUCCCUCAUGCCACAAAAUUAAUAAGAAGAGAAGAAAAUAAACUUGUGUGAACUGGAGAUUGCAGUGAUGAGCUCCUCAGUUUGGAACUGAGUGGGAUUCACCCAGUUCUGAAAAGUCCUGCCCCUAAGUAAUUAGAGCCACAGAUGGCAUUGGCAAGGGCUUACUACGUGUCACAAGCUUUCGAUGUAUUGAUGUCAUUUAACCUUCACAAUGGUGUGCAAUAGGCACCCCUAAUCCCUUAACUAUGAACCUUACAUAAGAGAUGAGGAAAAGGGGUCUCUUUGUAGGAGUCCCUCAGCAAGGAAGUGGAGUGUCUGUCUCCUGAAGCCCUAGUUGUGUACAUUACAGGACUAGCAGCUAGACACUAGGAAAGUUCUUUGCUAUGAACCUGACCUGCAAAACAACUUAGAACUAUUUAGACCCUAAGACACCAGUGGGCAGCCUGCUGGCUGACCUCGUCACAGGGUCUUUUGUGAGAUGAGCUUGCGAUUUUAUUUCUUCUUUUGAUUGGAACACCUGUGGUUGAAUACCAUGUGGUCUCCAGCAUGGUCUAGCUCCCACCACUGAUAUGGGUUUACAUGGUCUAGCUCCCACCACUGAUCUGGCCUCAGGGUCAGAACCAAUACCACAGGCUCUGAAGAGAAAUCCCAUGGUCUCUGAGCUGGUCCCUGACCUGGUAAUCUUCCCUCAUUGACCUGCUUGCCUGGCAGGCUCUGAGUUUACUACCCUCGGCUUAGACUGAGCUCUAGCUUACAGGUCUCAGGAGGCCCUUGGCCAGCAGUGCCAAAGGGGAAAGGCCAAAUCAGGGCUUGAGACCGUGCUCUUUGCUCCACAUUGGCCCUCUUGUUCUGAUUGGCAUCACACCUCUGCUGUGGGCUCUGGGCUGCAAGGAUCCUGCCUCUCAAUGAGACCAGCAACAGCAGCCGAGCACCAUGCUGAAUUCUUCCAUAGAGAAGCUGAGGUAAGGUGGGUAUGCUGAGGUGAGCUGUGCUCCGCAGGGUGCACAGGUGACUUGAGGCUUUGGUUGUUUCAGAAACAAAUGGCUUUUUAAUCACACAGCCUAGACAGGUCCUUGUGGGCCAGUGGAGAAGGGUACCUCCUGGGGCUGUCUGGCUGCUCCCUUGAUUUCCACCCCUUCAAGUGGCCACUUAGAGAAGAGAGGAACCGUGGUUAAUCAAGCUGAAGGCUGACUGCACUUUCCAGGUAAGGACAGUAACAUUGCCCAGGGGAAGGGGAAUUGCAGAGCUGGAGACAGAGAGCGUGGGGGCACUGGGCAGACAGCAGAGUAUGGGGAUCUUCAGACUAUGGGGCAGACGCUGGACUCCAAUGGGGGUAACAGGGGAUUGAUUGUGCAGGCAUGGGCUUUACAGCUGGGUCGGGUUCAGGUCCUGCAUGUCCUCCUGCCCAGUGACCAGAUGCCUAAACUUCAGCUUCAUGGACAUUGCUAUAGAAAGGACAUUGAGAGGCCCUGUCCGACUUUGGCACUGAGUAAGAUGGCUAGUAAGGCAGGGAUGAGCUUCUGUGGGACCUGCCCCAUCCCAGGUCUGUAUGUCACCACUCCCAGACUGUAAUACUGGUGACAGCUGCUGUUUUGCUGAAGAGACAUCACAGCUUGCAAUGGGCACUUGGCUCCAGUUCCUCAGCACGCUGUUCCCACGCUGUUGAGCUCCAUGCUGACUCAAGGCCCCCCACGACUCCAAGUCUGAAUGAGCAACCGGGGAAUCCUCCUCCACAUGGCGCGUUCUGCCAGCAUUUGGAGUCACGUGGAGUGAGCACAGCACAGUGUUUGUAAUGGGGAUAAUAUUUUGAAAAUAAUAACCGCAUAUGAUUUUUUUAUUCCUCUCCAGGAAACAGCAUGGCUCAAUCUGUUGUUCUGUGAAUGGUGAGGGCAGGAGGAGGCCAGCAUGUGGGGAAAGUUCUGGUCAGACAGGAUGAGAGAGCAGAGAGCCCACCUCUUCUGGACCCUGAUGGAUUGGCAGCCAAAGGAAGAGGAGGACGUGGGGGCAGAGCUGGACAUGCAUCUGGGAGUCCUGGAAGUGUCUACAGCGCCUCUUUGGCCCACGUGCCUGAUCAGAGGCCUUGGGGAAGGGUCAGGAGCUAAGAAAGUAAGACACAUCAGGAGCACAUUCAUAACGUGAGCACCAGGGGACAGGGGGCGACCCUAAGGGCUAGAGGAGCCAGCAUAGCCUAAUCAGCUAAUUGUAGUCAAGCCAGCCCUUCUGCAGCAGAGAACAGAGACCACUGAGAAAAACUCUCAGGCCUAAGGCCAGCUGCUAUGUAUUAGUGACUGCUGUGGCCUGCUCAGUGGCCCAGGUUGGUGUCUUCCAGAGGAGAGUAGCACUUGGAAUGACACACAGUGUCUAGCCAAAGGAAACCAAGCUGUCUGAAUGACACCAGCGAAAUGGGAGGACAAAAUAACACCACGUGUAAAUUCAGGUUUGACUACACCCAACUAUGUGCUGUGAGUAUUUAUGCAGAAUAAAACGUUCUUCUUA